AUGUCUUCUUCUUUGAUUCUGGUGGUGCUGGUGGUGGUGCUUGCUGGGAUGGCUGAGACCAUUAAGGCUGAUGGACUUUCAAGUCUAGACAGUUUGAUGCCUGAUAACUUAAAACAUAUUGUACCUCAAAUUGCGAAAAGUUCGAAGAUUGUAGAUGCAUUCACAGGUCUAAUCUCAAGUGAACCACGAGAUGUCUUAAAGAAAUCCAGGGACAUUGUAAGAAACAAGACAAGUGAAGGCUUAACUGCUUUAAGAAAUAAAGCGGAGACGGGUUCGUAUCAGGAGCAGCUGCUCAAUUACCUGCAGAAUCAGUUGAGUCAGUUCGCCUUUGGCGUGCCCCUGGACUUGGCCUUCUCCACCCUGAACUACAUAUGCAGCACCAUCGUGGAUCUGGGAGUGUUGAGAUCCAAACUAAUACCGGACAUGUCGCGCAUGAGUUUUUUGCUCCGUUCGUCGGAUGAUUGUCAGAACACCAGCAUUCCACUGACGCAGGCGGAGCAGUUAUGGAAUACUAAAGGGUUUUACAAGGAUCGACCCACUGUCUUGUUCAUCACCGGCUGGAAGUCGAGCAUUAACAACUCUAAUAGUGGCCCCGUGACCAAAGCCUAUCGUUGUCGCAAUGAUACCAAUGUCUUGGUUCUAGAUGCCGCUAACUUCAUAGACACCCUGUACACAUGGUCGGCCCUGAACACAGAGGCAAUUGGAGCCUAUCUGGCCACGGCGCUGCUCCGGCUGGAUACGAGCUAUGUGACCAAGCGGUUCCAUUUGGUGGGCCACAGCCUGGGCGCCCAGAUAGCCGGCUCGACGGGCCGAAACUAUCGCCAGAUGUCGGGGGGCCUAAUCCUGCACAGAAUCACCGGACUGGAUCCGGCUAACCCAUGUUUCUACGAUGGCAACGAUCUGGAGGGUCUGCGGAGUGGCGAUGCCCGAUUUGUGGACAUUAUCCACACGAAUCCCGGCAUGCUGGGCACAUCGAAGCGGGCCGGAGAUGCGGACUUCUUUGUCCAGGGACGGUUUCCCUUCAAGUCGGGUUGUGAGGACCUCGAUCCGAUUAGCUGUUCGCACCAGCGGGCUGUGGACUACUGGACGGAAACGUUGUAUCCGUCCAAUGAGAAUGACUUUCUGGCCCGGCGAUGCAAGCGCUAUUCGGAACUGCUGCUCGGAAACGAUUGCAAGGACACGGACACCGUGAUGGGCUAUGCCGCCAAGCCCACGGAUCUGGGGCUGUUCUACGUGGCCGCCAAUGCAGUGCAGCCCUAUGGCCCAAACGCCAAUCUGCAGAGCUACACCAACUCGUCCACGGAAUGUGGAGCUUGUGCAUGAAUAUAUACAUGAAUAUAUACUUUAAAAAUUGAAUUUAUAGUUUAAAAAGAAACGCAAUUAAAACUGUAAUGUGCAGCCAA